AGUAGGUGAAUGGUAGAGGAUAACUACAUAUCUGUCUACUAUAUUAAGGUCUAAAAACAAAUAAUAUAAUCUUGCUUUCACCAACCCAAGAACAUAUCAAGAACGCCAUAUAUUGAAAUUACCACCAUGUCACAACAAAAGCAGGUUGAUGGGAAGCAAGUGGCCGAACAUAACAGUCGCGAAAAGGGGGUAUGGAUAGUAGUCCAUGGAAAUGUUUAUGAUGUGUCGGACUUCCUAGAUGAACACCCUGGCGGAGCAGAUAUAAUCUUGAAAUACGCAGGAAAGGAUGCGACCGAAGAGUAUGAUCCGAUUCAUCCUCCCGACGCCAUCAAAGAAAACCUGGAUCCCUCCAAGCACCUUGGACCACUCAUUCCCUCCACCCUCCCAGUUGAAAAGCCAGCACCGGCACCAGCACCUCCACCAACUUCGGUUCCAGUUGGACAAGCGACCAAUGGCACUUCUGUGACUGAAGAAUUUGUUAAACCUUCUUUGGCAGAAAUACUCAGUCUUCACGAUUUCGAAGCUGUAGCCAGGAGGACGAUGAGUAAGAGAGGGUGGAAUUAUUAUAGCUCUGGUGCAGACGAUGAGGUUACUAUGAGAGAAAACCAUAACGCCUAUCAUCGUGUCUGGUUUCGUCCGCGUAUCCUUCGAAACGUCGGGACGGUGGAUUAUUCCACUGAGAUACUGGGCUUCAAGACUUCAAUGCCUGUCUAUAUCACUGCUACAGCGUUGGGAAAGCUUGGCCAUCCUGAAGGUGAGAUAUGCCUUACAAAGGCUGCAGGGGAACAUAAUAUAAUACAAAUGAUCCCUACUCUUGCGUCUUGCGGGUUUGACGAGAUGGUGGAUGCUGCUAUACCUGGUCAAGUUCAAUUCCUACAGCUCUACGUCAACGCCGACCGUGAGCGUACUAAAAAAAUCAUCAGGCAUGCUGCCGAAAGGGGUAUCAAGGCUUUAUUCAUCACAGUAGACGCACCCCAGCUCGGUCGCCGAGAGAAAGACAUGCGCACCAAAUUUGAAGGUACAGCCUCUGCUCAGCAGACGAAAGGCGGUGACAAAUAUCAACGAGAUCAAGGUGCCGCACGCGCCAUCUCUUCCUUCAUCGACCCGAGUCUCAAUUGGAGCGACUUGAAGGAGCUGGUCGAUGCUGCGCGAGGCCUUAAAGUCAUUUUGAAGGGCGUGCAAUGCUGGGAGGAUGCGGUCAUGGCGGCUGAGGCAGGGGUGGAUGGUGUGGUAUUGAGUAAUCAUGGAGGACGUCAGCUUGACUUUGCGCCCUCCCCCUUGGCCCUUCUUCCUUCGGUCGUACAACACCUCACUGCUCACGGGUUCAUGAACAAUCCCCUUCGACCCAGAUUUGAAAUUUUCGUUGACGGUGGUGUUCGGAGAGCAACAGACGUCUUGAAAGCCGUUGCACUUGGUGCGACAGCUGUGGGCAUUGGGCGGCCGAUGAUCUAUGCCAUGUCAACUUAUGGAAAAGACGGAGUGAGCCAUGCUCUACAAAUCUUGAAGGACGAAUUCGAGAUGAACAUGAGAUUGUUAGGCGCUCCUACGAUGGCCGAUGUUGUGCCAAGUAUGGUCGAUACCUCUGGGCUUUUUGGACCCCAAGGCAGUGUAACUAUGUAUGAGGAAAACUAUGAGAGGAUGUUACCUGUGGGUGUCAAAGCCAAACUUUGAUAGUAGUGCCCCGGGGAAAGUACAUUGCAGUCUGGUGCCUGUUGAAGAUAUGAAAUUUGUGUAGCAAUAAUUAAGAAGCAAUAAAAAAAAAUAAAAUAAAAAAUUCUGGUAUGUCUGGAGAGUCUGAAGUUAAUAACGAUCAAUGGAUGGUAAGGUACAAAAAGGAUGAUCAACAGGAAACAAAGAUAAAAGGAGACGCGGAUGCAGAUGGAAAGUGACGAGGAGAGCAUAGAGGUGCGUGCAGACUACCAUGGA